GUAAAUUAAACACCUAAAGCUAAAUGCUAGAAUGUGUUUUUAAUUUUUCUAUUACAUGAAAAAAUCACAUACUCAUCAAAUAGUACAAACUUUUAUUUUUCAAAAUCAAUUUUUUCUUGAAACAAUAUUAACUUUUAUUACUCCGUACUUUUUUAUUGUCAUUACUAACUCUUAUUACUAGUAAUCAUUUUUUCCAAUAUCAUUUCAAAAAUGUUUUUUUUAAAAUAAAAACAAUUGCAAAUAGUCUGGGGUGCCUAAGAGCUUCUCCAACAAUCAUCAAAUCAUACACCAAAAUGGUGGAUUUGUCAAAAAAUUGCUCCAACGACUACACCAUCUCUUUCACCAUUUCACCAUUUUGGGGGAGGGGGUUUGGAUUUAUGCCAUAUACGGCGUACGCCAAUACCUGUGCCAUUUGCUUUAAAUGAGUGAAAGCAGAUUAAAAAGUAAUAAUAUGGAACUUAGGAGGUUGUUAUUAAUUUUUUGUAUUGCUAAUACUCUGUAUGUUUUAACUACGGUAAAAUGAUAACCUCAUAUUCAGUUUUUUAUAUCUGUGUAACAUUUAAAUUGGAAUUACUCUCGCUUCUCUUUUGGGCUUCAGCCACUUAGAGUUUUUCCGUCUUCGAUUUUAAUCAAAGGACGACAUUGGUUUUCUACUUCGUCCUUGGAAGCUUCGCAUCGCCUAGAACUCGUCCUCGGUCACCUGAAGGGGAAUCAUGUAAGGUUUGGCUGCAGCGAGGCGGCUUCCAGGCAGUUCGCUGGGGGCAAAUAGAUGGAUGACGUGGUCAACCAAUACAAACAGAUGGCUAUUGGGGAUGACAAGGAAGAGGUAAUUUUUGAUGAAGAAGAAGAUGGCGAGGAAUCUGUCAAAAGCUCGACCGAAUUCCCAGUGGUAGGUGUCAUUCUGAUUGAUAGAAAGAUUAAAUUCCAAUUUUUCAAAGAAUUGAUGGCAUCGCUGUGGAGGCCUGUCAAGGGAGUUUCAAUUCAGGAGAUUGACGAAAAAAGGUACUUAUUCACUUUUUAUCAUAUUCUGGAUAUGCGACGUGUUCUUGAUGAGGGGGCGUGGUCGUUUGAACGUAAUUUAUUAUUGCUAAAAGAGAUUAAGACUGAGGAUAUUCCUAGCCAGGUUAAGCUAUACGAGGCUGAGCUCUGGGUGCAAGUGCGUGAUGCUGCGUAUGGCUUUAUGAAUCUCGGUUCUGUCAGGAAAAUUAGUAAUUUUAUUGGAGAAUUUCAUAAAUUUGAUGACAAAAAGUCUAUAUCUGAUGAAAAGUUUAAGUCAUACUUGAGGAUUAGAGUCCGUAUGGAUGUUAGAUGACCUUUUAAAUAAGGUACCAUACUUAAGAAGGUAGGGUUUAGUCAAUGGGUGAAUUUUAAAUAUGAAAAACUUCCAGAUUUCUGCUUUGUUUGCGGUAUUAUUGGGCACUCUGACAAAUUUUGCCCGAUAGUUCAUGAGGGGGAGAAUAUAACUUUUGACAAAAAUUAUGGAGUCGAACUGAAGGCGGGGACGAGGGUGCAGAUCAGUCCCACAGGCCACAGGAGGUUCUAAGUGACUAGUUGAGGGGUCAUCAAGUACUGAGUUGGGAAUGUCUGAAGAACAGAAGGCUGAUAAACAGGACUUGAAGGAUGCUACAGGUACGACAACUAGCUCCAUAAAGGAAGGUAACUCGGUUAGUCCGAAGGAAGUCUCAGGGAAUCCAAAGCGUAGGAGGACCUGAGAAAUGGGGCAAAAAGGAGAUGCUACAAAGGAAGAGAUGCACUGGUUGAUCCAAAAAAACAGAGAGGAGGCAGACCUCUUGUAGGUCUGCCGGUCUAUGGGGAGGAUCUGUACAAGAACGGCGGCGGUGGAGGUGCUUUUGGUCUGGAAGAAGACUGUUUAUUUUACUGCGCUUUUUAUUUUUAUUGCUGUUGAUCAGACUUGGUUUCUUUUAAUUGUUAUUUCUUUCAAUUGUAAGACUCUUGCAUUAGAUUUGUGUGAGGUUUGAUCAGCUUCAAUCAUCUGUGGCUCAUGUUUGCCCAUUAAUUGAUCAGCGAGUUAUAGUGUUUUUUUGAACGUGAUUAACUCCAAGUCUGGUUCGCGGGCUGACGGUUGGACGUGUUUCCUUACUUUGUUU